AUGCCCUUCCUAGCAAAAGAACACUUCCCCCUAUCGAAUAAGGAUAUUCUGUCGUGGACCUUUGAUGAUCUCCAGUACGAUUGGGACAAGCCUAUAUACAUUGACGCUCUCGACGACAAGCGCUCCAUCUCAGCGCGACAAGCACACACGCUCGUGAGACAAUUGGCAGCGGGAUUCAAAGCCAUUGGCGUCCAAAAGGGCGACUGUGUUUCCAUCCACAGCUUCAACGAGAUCCAUUAUCCCAUCUUCUUCUUGGGAGUCAUCGCUGUCGGCGGAGUCUACGCGGGGACGAAUCCCGGCUACACGCAGCAUGAGUUGACACACACCACCAAGAUCGCUCGAGCCAAGUACAUCCUCACGCAGCCGGACCUGUUACCCAAUGUUCUCAAGGCGGCCGAUGCCAAUGGUGUGCCUCGCAAGAAUGUCAUCAUCUUUAAUCCCAAGGGGGAACCCGCGCCUGAAGGCCUUCUCCAAUGGAAAGAUCUGCUCCAACAUGGCGAGACCGAUUGGGUCCGCUUUGACGACUACGAGACCUCCUACCAAACCGGAGCGGCCAGACUCUACUCCUCCGGCACCACCGGUCUCCCCAAAGCCGCCGAGCUCUCCCAUCUCAACCUCGUUGCCCAACACAUGCUCGUCUACGAAACCAACCCCCGCCCCUGGCCCGUCCGACGCUUCCUCGCUCUCCCCAUGUUCCACGCCGCCACCGCCCCCAGCGCCUUCUGCACACCCCUCCGCAACGGCGACCAAGCCUACGUCGUCCCACGCUUCGACCUCGAAACCUGGUUCUGGGGCCACGAGCACUACCGCAUCACCGACCUGGCCGCCGUCCCUCCCAUCGUCGUCCUCGCCAUCAACAGCCCUUUAGCAAAAAAAUACAGUCUCGCAUCCUGCAAAGUCGGCCAAUGUGGCGCUGCACCGCUGGAUAAAGGCCCACAAGCCCGCUUGCAAGCUCUCAUGGCCGACGGAGCUCCUCUGACCCAAGUCUGGGGCAUGACGGAAACGUCGUGCAUUGCCACGAGACAUGCGUAUCCGAGCCAUGAUAAGACGGGCAGUGUCGGUGUGCCGAUUCCGAAUCUGGACGUCAAACUGGUGGAUGACGACGGGAAGGAUAUUACGGGAUAUGAUGUCCGAGGCGAACUCUGCGUGCGAGGUCCGUCGAUCAUUAAAGGAUAUUUUGAAAACCCGGAAGCCAACGCUCGGGAUUGGGAUGCAGAGGGGUUUUUUCAUACGGGAGAUAUUGCGUAUAUUGAUGGGAAGACAGGAUUGUAUUAUAUUGUUGAUCGUAAAAAGGAACUCAUCAAAGUCCGCGGCUUCCAAUGCGCCCCACCCGAACUCGAAGGCGUCCUCCUAGGCCACCCCGAAAUCGUCGACGCAGCAAUCAUCGGCGUGCCCGACCCGCAUCGCGACGGAGAUGAACUUCCUCGAGCAUAUGUGGUGCGAAGAACGAAAAACGACGACAACAAAAACCCGUCCGAGGCAGAAAUCCGAGCAUAUAUGAAAGAACGUCUCAUUUAUUACAAGCAACCAGAGGGAGGAGUUAAAUUUGUCGAAGCAAUUCCCAAGAAUGCUUCGGGGAAGAUUUUGAAGAGGUUGUUGAGGGAGUGGGCGGCGGAGGAGAUGAGGGAGGAGAAGAGGGAGAAGAAGGGGGCGAGGCUUUGAAUGAGUCUUGUUUGUGUGUAUGUGUGUGUGUGUGUGUUGAGCUUGGCGAGGUGGGCUGUGACGAAUGAUAUCUUUUGUAAUGAUGAUGAUUUGAUGAUGAAGGA